UAAUCGUUCCGGGAUUUCUUGUGCUGAGCGCCUCAGCACAGACAGCUUCAGUGGACCUGCAACAAAAAGCGAUACAGCAAGUCGCGCCUGUGAUAGCCUACAUUUCAAAUCAGCACAUCAUUAUUCAGUGGACGAUGGGAAGCGGUCUCAACACAUCGGACAUUCCGUACUAUUUCUCACAUUUUGCCAUGAUGAACAAUAGUGUUUUUUGUCGGAAUUUCAGCGAUAACGUGAGUGUAGAGGCCAAAUGUGAGAGAACAGACAACCUAGCCAAAGACUCGACACCAGUGAUCAUCGCGAUUAUAAUCACGACUCUUUACUCUAUCGUGUGUGUGCUUGGUCUGGUGGGGAACGUACUCGUCAUGUAUGUCAUUAUCAGAUACACUAAAAUGAAAACCGCCACAAAUAUCUACAUCUUCAACUUGGCCUUGGCUGAUGCACUAGCCACCAGUACACUGCCCUUCCAGAGUGUCAACUUCCUGAUGGGGACUUGGCCGUUUGGAGACAUUCUGUGCAAGAUAGUGAUAUCCAUCGACUACUACAACAUGUUCACCAGUAUCUUCACAUUGACCACCAUGAGUAUUGACCGUUACAUUGCAGUGUGCCACCCUGUCAAGGCCUUAGACUUCCGCACGCCCCGUAACGCAAAGAUUGUCAACGUGUGCAACUGGAUCCUGUCCUCUGCCAUCGGUCUGCCUGUCAUGUUCACCGCCUUAACUACUGUAACUGAUAAUGGCAAGUAUGACAGAUUCAUCGACUGCACUUUGAUCUUCCCACACCCAUCCUGGUACUGGGAGAAUCUCCUGAAAAUCUGCGUCUUCAUCUUUGCCUUCAUCAUCCCGGUCCUCAUCAUUACUGUAUGCUACGGGCUAAUGAUCUUGCGCCUGAAGAGCGUGCGCAUGUUGUCCGGCUCCAAGGAGAAGGACCGCAACCUGCGUCGCAUCACCCGCAUGGUCCUGGUGGUGGUGGCCGUCUUCAUCAUCUGUUGGACGCCAAUCCACAUCUACGUCAUCAUCAAAGCCCUUAUCAACAUCCCCAACUCCUUGCUGCAGUCCGUCACCUGGCACUUCUGCAUCGCUCUGGGCUACACCAACAGCUGCCUGAAUCCCGUCCUCUACGCCUUCCUGGACGAGAACUUCAAGCGCUGCUUCCGCGAGUUCUGCAUCCCCCUGAGUCCCUCUGUGCUGGAGCUACAGAAUUCUUCUCGUACCCGCCCCCACCAGCAGCACCAGCGCGAUCAGCACUCCAGCGCCAACAGGGUGGAGAGGUCCAAUCAACAGGUAUGACUAGGUAUGGAGAUGUUGUCUUUGGACUCACGCUACCAGCCUAACGAUGACAUGAGCUCGGAAGUCACCCAGGUAACCACAGUGCUCUGACACAAAGCUCUGACACAUGAUGCGCCAGGAUACUGAAGUGCUUCGUAGCACAAGCAUCGAUCGUACUGUCGCCUCUUUCUGGAGAGGCUGACAAGUAUUUGAAUGCAGAAUGACACUCUUAAUAAAGCCUUCUGUCAGGUAGCAUUAUUAAAAUGUUGAACAUUAGGCAGAACACUGAAAUGAAGACACAUCAACUAUUAUGUACACAGUAUCUUUGUAGACUGGUAUAUUGAACAUACUGUAAUAUGAUAAUGUUCUGUGGUCAACAUCAUUCACAAUUAGAAACUCUUGAUUGAGAGCACUUAUUUCAAGACACUAAUUCAAGAAGAUUGUUAUUCAAGGGUCAAGCGGCAAUUAAAAAAAACAAGGUGGCCACCCCACCACUUGUUUUGGUAAACAGCUGAGAGAUGGGACUGGAGGAAUGUUACCACUGUCAAAUUGAUAGACAGAGCUAUGGAUGCAAGAACUGACCAUCCAUGAGAUCAAAAUGAUCUGUUUGUUUGUUUCCAGAGUCAAUGGCUUUAUAUUAUUAAUUUUAAAGUCAGAAAAUGGAUGUAGCCUACCAAUCUGCUUUACAUCUACUGUAUGUAUAGCAGCUUUUAUAUACUGUAUGUUCUGUACUAAAUUGUUAUUUAUUAUAUGUGUAUAUGAUGUGCAAGUGGUGUGGGAACUAUCAAAUGAAUGAAUUAUAUUGUAUUUCCGUGUCAAAUCGGCAGUUGGCAACCCAUCCCUUACUGGAUUUACUGACGCAUAGGCAAACAUUACAAUGAUUCACAGUGAUUAUUCAGUGAUAAUUCUUCCAGUGUUCUGUGCAGUGUGCACUGCAUAAAGAAUGAAAAAUGAAUAAUAAUACAUAAGGUUAUUCAAGCAAUAAUAAUAACAACCCUAGAGCUGUAAAAAAAUCAAAUAAAUUAAUUACAAAAGAAAUACAGCAAAUGGCAUUUAAACCCGGUCUGGCACAAAGAGAAUAUUUAAAUCAAAUCUAAUUUUAUUUGUCACAUGCACCAAAUUCAACAGGUGUUCAUCUUACUGUGAAAUGCUUACUUACAAGCUCUUCUAUUGUGAGUGAUAUACACAAUCUAUAUACAUAUGUGCACUUUGAAUUGAAUUCUGUCACCCUUUUUCUUUUAUUCCCAGCUUUAUAAAACAAAAUCUGCAAACACAACAGACAAAAAACUAUUUCAGUUUCUCUUCAUCGCUCAGCCACAUAAUGCCAGGGUAGAUUUGGUGGAAUUUCUGAAAGCGUAUAUUGUGGUAGAAAGGACAAUAGAGGAUAAAAUUAAUUGAGUUCUCUCUUCGAGGUCACAAUAGUUACAUAGUGUUUCCGCUUCCAUUUCACCACAAAACGACCUGUUUCAAUACACAGAGACAAUAUCCCUUAUAUUACCUGUUUCAAUAUGCAGAGACAAUAUCACUGAUCUUACCUGUUUCAAUACGCAGAGACAAUAUCCCUGAUCUUACCUGUUUCAAUACACAGAGACAAUAUCCCUGAUCUUACCUGUUUCAAUACGCAGAGACAAUAUCCCUGAUCUUACCUGUUUCAAUACACAGAGACAAUAUCCCUGAUCUUACCUGUUUCAAUACGCAGAGACAAUAUCCCUGAUCUUACCUGUUUCAAUACACAGAGGCAAUUUCCCUGAUCUAACCUGUUUCAAUACACAGGCAAUUUCCCUGAUCUUACCUGUUUCAAUACACAGAAGCAAUUUCCCUGAUCUUACCUUUUUCAAUACACAGAAGCAAUUUCCCUGAUCUUACCUGUUUCAAUACACAGAAGCAAUUUCCCUGAUCUUACCUGUUUCAAUACGCAGAGGCAAUAUCCCUGAUCUUACAUGUGCACAUAGCGAUCACUUGCUUUUAUGUAGGUUGUACAUAAUAUAUAUAUAUCUCACACACACAUCUCUCCUUUAAUUUGGUUUUCGUUCAAAUGUUCACAGACAGGGCACAAUGGUGUCAAGUCAAGUUACCAAUCGUUUUUCCACCAUUCAUUUUUCCCAUAGUGAAUUUUAGAAACACUUAAAAUAAGAGCUGUGUUUCAUGUACGCUCACCCUGGCAUGAUGUUUUGAUAACCAUGUAAAUAUCUUGGACAAGGAUACUUUUAUCAAUAUAUUUUCUGGUAUUUACCCCCCAAAAGUGAAAUGCUAAUGAGCUGCUAAUGUGGCUAUCCUAAAAAAAAACUACAAAUGCCAUUAUGAUCUGGACGAGCCUGCCGAAUUGAGGCAAAGGUAACCAUCUCUAGAUCAACUAUCUAAUGUUAGCUACAUUUUGUAAUUAAUAAAUUGUCUAAAUUUCUGUAAAUUGACAAGUCUGUGAACUGUCUUGUGCAAGUUUUAAAUUGACAUAAUACCUGAUAGCAAAGGUGUCAGCUAGAGUUGACUUGCAGGAGCUUGCAUGACAUCUACUGAGAGUAAAUAGAGGCAAAUAUAUUGAUAAAAGUAAUUGUCCUAGAGACAUUUACAUGGGUAUCAAAACAUUACGCCAACCAACAUUACGGUUGGCUGGACCUCUCUAAUUUCCUGUAGAUCACUUAAUUUCUCCCUUUUUGAUUAAUUUCUCCCUUUUUGAACUUCAAACAUAUCUCACUUCUCUGUUUUGUAUUUUUUAUUUAACUAGGCAAGUCAGAUAAGAACACAUUCUUAUUUACAAUGACAGCCUACACCGGCCAAACCCUAACCUGGACGACACUGUGCUCCGCCCUAUGUUUAAGUAGAGAAACAAGAGGCACCAAAAACGCUCACAGGGUUGGUUAACUCCCUUGUCCCUUGUGUCUCUACCAACCUAGGUAAAUUAGCCCUUAGUUUUAAUGCCGCUCAUGUUUGGAGUAAUUUACAAUCCUCAUUACAUCUUGAAUCCUUGCCAGCAGCGCAUUUUAGAACGCUGAUGUGGAACAUUCUCUGAGGUUUGCGAGUGUUUUGGUUGAUUGUAAUGAUUUAUUUGUUUUGUUGAAAUGUAUCUGUUGUGUCUUGUAUUUUCAUUUUUUGCUGUUUUAUUGAAUUAUGUUGAUUUGUGAAUUGUUUGUUCUCAGGGCACUAUUAUGAACGAGACCCUGGCCUCAAUUGGGAUCCCCUGAAUAAGUAAAAGUGAAAUAAAAAUAAAUAAAUACAUAUUGCCUUUACUGUAGCAGUGCAGAAUAUCAAAACUGAAAAGGGAUUUUAAAAAAUGAUUACAUUUAGUUAUAUCCAGAUAUUGUAUUCAAUACUUUUUUGUCAUUUUUAACUUGGCAGAUGACUUGCCCACAUCCAGAAUGUGCCAUCAACAUGAUAAUGCUGCUGAUAUAUUACAGUGCUUGCAGGUUUACAGAGACAAAGUCCUAACCAUUGGAUUGUGGCAGGCCUGGGUUGAAAUGCAUGCUUAAUUAAGUAUGUAUAUUUUAAAUACUUAUUUUCUGUGUAUUUGAGUAUUUUCAAAUAAUGUGCCCGAAUCAACUACUUAUAUUUGAAGUAGUAAAAAAUACUUGUAUUUCCAAAGAAAAAAUAUCAAAAUACUUACUUUGAAAUAAAUGCGAAAGUAAUUGAAAUCCCUUAAAUAGUAUUUGAACCCAGAUCUAGGGUGUGGCUGUUCAUUCCAAACUCUAUGUACUUGCUUGAUAUAUUUCUAUAUUAUAUACAUUUUUUAGAUCAAUCCAUUCAAUGAUUUUAAAAAGCAUGUGUAGAUAGGGAUGCCAUUAGGCUUUGUCAGAUGUUUAUUAUGGUCUUAUUAUGCCUGUGUCGCUUUUCAGGGACAUACAAUAGUCUAUCAUGUAACAUUUUAUUGUAAAAGUGUCAUUUUUCUGUAUUAACAAUUUUGCAAUUACAGGUGCUUUGACGAAAUCCCUGAAUUGUCUUAAAAUGUAAUGUUACCACAGUGAAUGUACUUGCGUGUACUUUCUAAAUUAUUGUUGUAAAUUUGAAACUGAGUAUGUGAUUUUGAUUCAAAAUAUCUAAGAUGGACAGUAUAUCAAAUUACUCAUAUUUUCAGGCCAAAUUUAGAAAUUUGCAUGUUAAUGAGAAAAUGUUGUUUUUCUAAAUAUACUUCAAUUCUGAAUUUUGUCAUAUCAUGAAUGUUUUUAUAAGCACUCAAAUAAACCAUGAUCUAUCAAAAUCU